GACGCCCUUUUCCUGUGCGCCCGGGACUUGGUGGAACUUUGCAGGCGCCCGCGGUGGAAUGGAUUUCAUCCAGGGCGUCUUGCUCCGGCUCCUGCUCCUGGCUUCCAGCCUCCGACCAGGCUCCGCUUCGCUUGGAGACGGUCUCCGAAAACCAGGCAAGAUGGGGCCUCCUCUGCACGUCAUGCUGGACGCAUUGAACUGUACGGCUUUCAGCAUCCAGUGGAAAAUGCCAAGGCAUCCCAGGCAUCCCGUCAUGGGGUACACCGUCUCCUACUCUGCGGUUGGCACAGAUGAACCCCCGCAGGAGCGGCACCGCAGCGCGCAGCUCAGCCGGGACACCGCCACCACCGGGCAGCCUGAGCAUCAGGUGAUUUUUGAGGAAGUGAUCGGAGAUUUGAAACCAGGCACUGAAUAUCAAGUGAGCGUAGCAGCUUCCAGCCUGAUGGGCAAAGGGUGGCUUAGCUCUCCUCGGCAUGUUACCACCUUGCCCCAAGAUUCCUGCCUGCCUCCAACAGCACCCCAGCAGCCUCACGUCACGGUGGUUUCCGAGUCCGAGGUGGCCCUGUCUUGGAAACCUGGAGAGAGUGAAGGAAGCUCCCCUAUUCAGUACUAUUCUGUGGAAUUCAUCAGACCAGAUUUCGACAAGAGUUGGAUCUCAAUCCAAGAGCGAAUCCAGAUGGACUCCAUGGUUAUCAAGGGCCUCGAUCCGGACACCAACUACCAAUUUGCAGUGAGGGCGAUGAAUGCCCACGGCCCCAGCCCCCGCAGCCAGCCCAGCGACAUCGUCCAGACCUCCAGCCCCGAGGAGGCGGGAAGUGGCCGCUAUGGACCCCAUUACCUCACGAGCACGGGAGUGGGUGACGAUGACGACGGAUUUGAAGACGACUUGGAUUUGGAUAUUUCCUUUGAGGAGGUUAAACCACUUCCUGCUACCCAAGGAGAGAAUACGAAAUUGGUGGUGGAAUCCAAGACUGCGCCAAGAUCAAACCCAAAGGCCCUUUCUAGGCUUGUGCCCCCUACCCCAGCAUCUCUCCUUACGCCUGCCGUGGCUCCCCAGCCCACCCCAGCGAAGAGAGAAGGAAAGGAUGGCGUGCCUACGAUGCCGAGGCUCUUUCAUAUUCCUUGUGAUGAAACUCUCUGCCCUGUUGACAGCUUUUGUGCCAAUGACUACACCUGGGGGCGCUCACAAUGCCACUGCAACCUGGGCAAAGGUGGUGAGAGCUGCUCAGAAGAUAUUGCUAUACAGUAUCCUCAGUUCUUUGGCCACUCUUAUAUGACCUUUGAACCUCUGAAGAACUCUCAUCAGGCAUUUCAGAUCACUCUCGAAUUCAGGGCAGAGGCGGAGGACGGCUUGCUGCUCUACUGCGGGGAGAGCGAACACGAGAGGGGCGACUUCAUGGCCCUGGCUAUCAUCCGACGCUCACUCCAGUUCAGGUUUAACUGUGGAACUGGGGUUGCCAUCAUCGUAAGUGAGACCAAAAUCAAACUCGGGAGCUGGCACACAGUCACGCUCUACAGAGAUGGGCUGGAAGGGCUGCUGCAGCUAAACAACAACACGCCGGUGACAGGCCAGUCCCAGGGCCAGUACAGUAAAAUUACCUUCCGGACGCCUCUUUAUCUUGGUGGGGCUCCCAGUACCUACUGGUUGGUCAGAGCAACAGGAACGCACCGAGGCUUUCAAGGCUGCGUGCAGGCGCUCGCGGUGAACGGGGAGAAGAUGGACAUGAGGCCCUGGCCGCUGGGCCGAGCCCUCAGCGGGGCCGAUGUGGGCGAGUGCAGCAGCGGGAUCUGUGACGAGACCUCAUGCGUCAACGGUGGCACCUGCGCAGCCAACAAAGCUGACUCCUACGUUUGCCUCUGUCCCCUUGGAUUUAAAGGCCGACACUGUGAAGAUGCUUUCACCCUGACCGUUCCUCAGUUCAGAGAGUCCCUGAGGUCCUAUGCUGCAACGCCUUGGCCCCUGGAGCCCCGGCACUACCUGUCCUUCAUGGAGUUCGAGGUCACCUUUCGGCCGGACUCGGGCGACGGCGUCCUCCUGUACAGCUACGACACAGGCAGCAAAGACUUCCUGUCGGUCACCAUGGCAGGGGGCCACGUGGAGUUCCGUUUUGACUGUGGCUCCGGGACUGCCGUUCUCAGGAGUCAAGAGCCCCUCGCCCUCGGCCACUGGCACGAGCUGCGCGUAUCUCGCACAGCAAGGAACGGCAUCUUACAGGUGGAUAAGCAGAAGGCGGUGGAGGGCAAUGCGGAGGGCGGCUUCACACAGAUUAAUUGCAACACGGACAUUUUUGUCGGCGGAGUCCCCAGUUACGAUGAGGUGAAGGAGAAAUCGGGCAUCCUCAAGCCGUUCAGUGGGAGCAUCCAGAAGAUCACCCUGAACGACCGCACCAUCCACGUGAAGCACGACUUCACCUGGGGCGUGAACGUGGACAACGCCGCCCACCCGUGCGUGGCGAGCCCCUGUGCCCACGGGGGCAGCUGCCGGCCCCGGAAGGAGGGCUACGAGUGUGACUGCCCCUUGGGCUUCGAGGGUGUGCACUGCCAGAAAGCCAUCACAGAAACCAUCGAGAUCCCGCAGUUCAUCGGCCGCAGCUACCUGACCUACGACAGCCCGGACAUCCUCAAGAGGGUGUCAGGAUCAAGAUCAAACGUAUUCAUGAGGUUUAAGACGACUGCCAAAGAUGGCCUGUUGAUGUGGAGGGGAGACAGCCAGAGGCCCAACAGCGACUUCAUUUCCUUGGGCCUUCGCGAUGGAGCCCUGGUGUUCAGCUACAACCUGGGCAGCGGUGCGGUGUCCAUCAUGGUGAACGGCUCCUUCAGCGACGGUCGGUGGCACCGGGUCAAGGCUGUUCGGGACGGUCAGUCGGGAAAGAUGACUGUGGACGACUACGGGGCCAGGACGGGCAAGUCGCCCGGCAUGAUGAGGCAGCUCAACAUCAAUGGGGCGCUGUACGUGGGUGGAAUGAAGGAAAUUGCUCUGCACACUAACAGGCAGUACAUGCGAGGCCUCGUGGGCUGCAUCUCUCAUUUCACCCUGUCCACCGAUUACCACAUUUCCCUCGUGGAAGACGCCGUGGAUGGGAAAAACAUCAACACUUGUGGAGCCAAGUAACACCAGCCGGCCUUCCCAGAGGGACGGCGCCUUCUAUCCCGAGAAUCCUGGGGGCCCCGAGUCCCUGCCUGAGGCCCUGUGCCAUACACAGAGGCAUAGGGACCAGGUGUGUUUGCCCUCAUCGAGGAAAAAGGACACCCUAGUGAGAAACUGGAACCAAGCUGGGUCCCUGUGUGGCCUUUUCUGCUCACACGCUGUGGGCCACACCCAACAGAAUCUUCUACGUGGGAAGCAUCGAACUUUGUCCGUGGACUAUACAAUGGCUACCAGGGCUCACGCGUGAAGGCAAAUUCCAGAGCCCGUCUGCUGUAGUCAAUGACCGGGUUGUGAUUCAUAGAGCAUUAAACAAAGAAGGAAAAGAGAGACCCAAAGGGCAGCAUUAAAAUACCCCUCUCUUUCCCUGACUCACGGCACUUACAGCAGAAUGACUGUGUGACCUUGAACCUGGGAUUUCUCACCGUGGCCCCUGAAGUACUAGGAUUAACCCCUUCCACCCCUCGCUGGCUGGUUCAAUGUGCCCUGACUCUUCCAUGAAAGUAAGGGUGAGGGGGGACUAAACGUAGAACCGUAAUCACAGUGCUGCCCCCGCUAAAGUUUACCUUUAGUGAGAAAUCCCUACUUUUUAUAAUGCUCAUCUAAGAAAAUGGGCACCCUGAUUUUGUAGCUGUCCUUUUGUAUGUGUAUAUUUUUAUAGCUGCAGAUUGUCCACACAGUAUAAUUUUGCAAGUUUGGGUGGACGACCCUGAAUUCUUUGCACAGUUCCUAAAAAUUUUCUCCCAAAGGAGACUGUUGGGGCCCUUAGUGGCAUCAGUGGAGUAGGAUAGGUAACCUGGGGUGGGCAGUCUCCUGGGGAACUGACCAUUCUCUUUCAGUAAAUGUUGACGGCUCAAGGAAAUGAAUCUGAAGCUUCCAAAAUAAGCAGAUUAACAGGUACAUGUGUUACUGAGGGGGUCACUGUCAUUUUUGUUUUAAGAGGGGGGGAUGGCUAUAAUAAACUUGAAUAAAGGAGAUGAAGAAGGCUA